CGAAGUAAACAUGCUUAAGUUUACUGCUACGGUGCUUUUUCUGGUUUCUCUGACGUUCACGUUUGCGGACGCGCAAGGGUGGAGGUGCAGCAAUGGCGCGGUGUUUACAACGUGCGGAUCGUGCGAAAGAACCUGCAACAAUCUGGAUCCAAUUUGUACAAAGGAAUGCCGAGUAGGUUGUCACUGUCCUGAGAAUUACGCCCGGAAUAUCAAUGGCAGAUGCAUUCCGAUUACGGAAUGUUGAAAACCCACGACAG